GUUUCCGGGCGGAUGGCGCGCUGACGGACGUGUUGGGCCAGGGUUCCUGGGACUUGAGCGGGAUAGGCGUGAGCGACCAUGGCCUGGCAGAGCAUCCCGGUAGCCCGGCUGGAGGGCGUUUCGCAGGAACAGUUCACGCAGCAGCUGUACCCGCAGAGAAAACCUCUAGUGUUGGAAGGAAUCGAUUUGGGGGCAUGUACAAGCAAAUGGACAGUGGAUUACCUGAGCCAAGUUGGAGGGAAAAAAGAAGUAAAGAUUCAUGUUGCUGCAGUUGCCCAGAUGGACUUCAUUAGUAAGAACUUUGUAUAUAGAACUUUACCUUUUGAUAAGUUGGUUCAAAGGGCAGCUGAAGAAAAGCAUGAAGAAUUCUUUAUUUCAGAGGAUGAGAAGUACUACUUACGGUCACUUGGGGAAGACCCUAGAAAGGAUGUUGCAGAUAUCAGAAAGCAGUUUCCUUUACUGGAAGGAGAUAUUAAGUUUCCAAAAUUUUUCAAAGAGGAGCAGUUCUUUUCCAGUGUUUUUCGAAUUAGCUCACCAGGAUUACAACUUUGGACCCACUAUGAUGUAAUGGAUAACUUCUUGAUACAAGUGACAGGAAAAAAACGUGUUGUACUAUUCAGUCCUCGAGAUGCCCAGUAUCUAUAUUUAUCAGGUACUAAAUCAGAAGUACUGAAUAUAGAUAAUCCAGACUUAGCUAAAUAUCCACUGUUUUGCAAAGCUAGAAGGUAUGAAUGUUCCCUUAAAGCUGGAGAUGUAUUAUUCAUUCCUGCUUUAUGGUUCCAUAACGUAAUCUCUGAAGAGUUUGGAGUGGGAGUGAAUGUUUUUUGGAAGCACCUUCCGUCUGAAUGCUAUGAUAAAACGGAUACCUAUGGAAACAAAGACCCUAUGGCAGCAUCAAGAGCUGCACAAAUUCUGGACAGAGCUUUAAAAACACUGUCUGAAUUACCAGAGGAAUACAGGGACUUCUAUGCACGGCGAAUGGUCUUACACAUUCAAGAUAAAGCCUAUAGUAAAAACUUUGAGUAAACAAUGAAGUGAAUGCAAUUAAUAUAAACUUUGCAAUACAGUUCAACUCAAAUAUUAGAAAAGUAUAACAUAUAAAAUAUUUUUUAAAGAUUGAUUCUUUGUUAAAAUAGGAAAGAUAAAUCAAUCUCAGACUUAUAGAUUAAAUAUGAAUUUGUAUUUAUAUGGUUUCUAUUUAAUACAGUAGGUUGAAAGAAUGUUGUACUGGGUGGGACCACUCUAGCUUUCCGAUGCAAAUAAUUAAAAAUCCAACUUAAAAUGACUUAAUAAAAUAGAUUGGUUGGCUCAAUCGGU